GAUACGUCAAGUCUACAUUCUACACUCAGCGUGAGUGGAGAGGAACCGAGUGGUGACGAACACGGCCGUCCAGAAAAUGAAGAGCUGUCUCGUUAUAUUCUGCACGCUCUGGGGAGCUUCUGUUGGAAAUCCGAAUUCGGGUGGCACGCGGGGAACGGGUGGACUCCCAACGGAAAUUACAUUUGAAGUUUUCGUCGCCUACGACGACAUCUUCCACAGUCACUUCAGUAACCAAACCCUAAGAAGGCAGUAUGCCGCUGCGUUCUUCAAUGCGAUCAAUAUCAUCUUUGCACCCAAUACCAAUCCGAGAAUCGAGUUUGAGGUUGCCAGGGUGUACGCUCAGGAGGCGGGGUUUACACCUGCUCUUACCUUGGUUGACAACGACGUGGACUUCAACGCAAGUCUCGGUUCGAUCGCAAAAUUCGUCAGCACACGACCGGAGAUGAAUUCGUCGGACAUCGUGUUUGUUUUUUGCGGACGGAAGGUUUUCACAAAGGACAGCCACGGCAAGAAAUUGUACAGUCCUCGAGGUAUCACGUGGGAGGGCGGAAUAUGUAACGACGAAAGAAAGGUGGUUCUCGUCAACGACAUUGCGAGUAUUUUUUACGCCUUGCCUUACGCUGGGUCCGAGCUCGCACGCCUGUGAGUAAACAGCCUCAUUGUCGUUCGCAACUUACCAUCCAUG